CUUUGCUUUUCUCUCGGCGCUUCUUGAGACCCCACUGCUUUUGCUUGAGCUUCCUCCAUUUCCCCAGCAUUUCGCAAAAGUCAAGCACAAUGGCGGACUCAGAAAUUCCUCAGCGUAUUCAGUUCGGUGAGGACAUUCAUCCUGUGAAGACUGCAAGCAGCAGAAUUUACAACAAGGAUGAUUCUCUUUCUGAAAAGAAUGGUUACGAUAUUGAAGACCGCGCUAUGCAAAUCGCAAAUGCGGAUCUGAAUCAAAAGAAGAAGCAGACUUACACAGGUUGGAUGUUGAUGUGGCUUGCAUACCAAAGCACUGGUGUCAUUUACGGCGAUAUUGGGACCUCACCUCUCUACGUCUACUCGUCAACGUUCACAUCUCAACCAAGCUACGAUGAUCUCGUUGGCGCGCUCUCGAUUAUUAUAUGGACCUUGACACUCAUGGUUUCUAUCAAGUAUAUGUUCAUUGUUCUUGCUGCCGAUGACGAUGGAGAGGGAGGAACCUUCGCACUGUACAGUCUGCUGGCAAAAUACUCCAAUAUUGUCCGUCGCGAUCCGAAUGUGGUCGGAUCUGUUAAGCUGGAACGCCAUCUGACAAAUGAGUUGAAGCCAAUGAAUAAGGGCGUGAGAUCCUUUAUUGAGAACUCCAUGGUUGCGCGAGUGGUCCUGAAAAUAUUUGGUGUACUCGGCGUGUCUAUGGUGAUGGCUGAUGGCGUUUUAACUCCUGCUCAAUCCGUACUUGGAGCUAUUCAGGGAAUUGAGGUCGCGCACCCCAACAUCAGCUCCAGUACAAUUGUUGGGGUCUCUUGCGCAAUUCUUGUUCUCUUGUUCGCUGUCCAGCCUUUUGGGACAACGAAAAUCGCCAGCUCCUUCGCACCUAUCGUCAUGAUAUGGCUCUUGUUCAACGCUUGCGCUGGCAUCUACAAUCUCGCCAAGUUCGAUCACAGCGUUCUCAAGGCUUUCAGCCCACACUUUGCCGGAGCAUAUCUCGUGAGGAAUGGAGAACAAGGUUGGAGGUCUCUCGGUGGACUCUUGCUUGCUUUCACUGGAGUUGAGGCGCUCUUCGCAGAUUUGGGAGCAUUCAGCAAGAGGGCCAUUCAGAUCUCUUGGUUGUGCCUAGCGUUCCCAUGCUUGCUUCUGGCAUACAUUGGCCAAGCUGCCUUCAUCUCCCAAGAUGCUACUGGAAUUGCCUACACCAACCCAUUCUUCCAUACUGUUCCACCAGGAUGCUUUGUUUUCAGUCUCGUUAUUGCCAUUCUGGCUGCCAUCGUUGCCAGCCAAGCCAUGAUCACUGGAGCUUUUCAGCUACUUAUGCAGGUCAUGAAUAUGUCCUAUGCACCUCACAUAAAACUCGUUCAUACGUCAAAACUUUUCCACGGUCAGGUUUAUAUGCCUUUGGCCAAUGUGCUGUUGAUGGUGGGCACUGUUAUCGUUACUGCAGCAUACUCCAACACAACCAGACUGGGAAAUGCUUAUGGAGUUUGUGUUGUCUGCGUCACACUCAUAACCACUACUAUGGUUGCACUCGUUGCAAUUAUCAAGUGGAAAAUCAAUAUCUUCAUCGUCGUCUUCGUCUUCCUGGUAUUCGCUGCCCUCGAUGGAGUCUAUCUCUCAUCGGCACUCACUAAAGUACCAACGGGCGCCUGGUUCACUCUCAUGCUUGCGGCAAUCCUCUCGUACAUAUUUGUGCUCUGGCGCUUCGGCAAAGAAAGUCAAUGGGCAGCAGAGGCAGAGGAUCGGUUCCAGCCAUCACAUCUUCUGACCACUGGUGCCAACGGAGAAGUGAAGCUCACGCCUGCCUUUGGUGGCGGAAUAGUGACCAAAGUCGAUGGAGUCGGAAUCUUCUUCGAUAAGGUCGGAGAUCUCGUCCCGAUCGUCUUCGCACAGUUCGUCAGGAAAUUCAGCGCUCGUCCCGAGAUCAUUGUCUUCUUCCACAUGAGGCAGAUCUCAACCCCCUCCGUCCCCGAAGCUGAGAGAUAUAUUGUCCAGCGGACUACUAUCCCAGGCUGCUAUCGCAUGACGGCUCGACACGGGUAUAGUGACAGUAUCGUCAGCCCAGACCUGGGACGUGUGAUCACCGAGCAGCUGGUUCUUUUCGUUACUCGCGACCACACAUCCUCGGCUUCUAGCGCUUCCUCAGUUGACCACUCGCCUGAAGUACAAGCGGAACUUGGUGCCAUUAACAAAGCGGCUCAAGCUCAGAUGGUUUACAUUAUGGGGAAGGAACUAAUGACGAUCAAGAAGGGAACGAAUUUUAUGCGAGCCAUUUUCUUGUGGAUGUUCUUGUGGAUACGUGAGAAUUCUAGGACUAAGAUGGCUGAUAUUGGACUUCCGUUUGAUAGUCUGGUUGAGGUUGGGUUCGUUAAGGAGAUCUGACGGAGGUUAGGUUGCGAGCGCUGGUCUUGUGUUUUGAGGGUGGCAAAUUGAUUGAGAAUGCGAUCUUAUAAAUAUAAUGAUAAUUAUUGAUCGAG